CAAUCGGGCCGAUCCGUUCGGAGUGCAGGAUCGCUCAAAGAUCCCGGAUAUUCACAUGACCAGCUCUUCAGAAGACCCAGCAUUCCCUGCGCACGAUGGUCGCCUAGGCAACUACGGCAGAGCGUGGUGUGCAGCGGUCCAAGAUGAUAACCAGUGGCUUUAAAUUGACUUCGGCGAGAGAAAGGAAAUGCUAGGGAUAACGGUAGAAGGAACAGAGUCGGAGUGGGUCUCUCAGUUCUAUCUUCAGUAUAGCGUAGACCUGAUCACCUGGUAUUGCUUUGGAAGCGACGACGAAGCCGAGGUAUUGACCUUGACGGAAGGUAGUGGCACAAAGACCAUGUUCUCUCGUCCCAUUGCUCAAUUUGUCCGCAUCAAUCCCCAAGCAUGGCAUGGCAGGAUAUGUCUACGCACUGAAUUCUAUGGUUGCUCAUUAGUGGCGUCUUCAGGUUUUGACUACCCGUCUCCAAUGCAGGGACGAUGUGACUUAAUUCUUACACAGGCCCCAGCGACACUACAGCCAACAACAGCUACCUCCCUCAAACCCGCAACUACUAUGCCAGAGACAAGAAUCAAAUACCUCAGGAUCAGACUUGGAAGCCACCUUUUGCAAACAGGAGCAGAAUUUCUGGUCGCACUCUUCUUCCAUGAGGGAGAGGAUGUCCGAUACACUUGGAAGAUGGGAGAUGGUGGUCCAGCGAUAGAGCGAUCCAGACCCCUCGCCUUUCAACACGUGUAUCACAGACCUGGAGUGUACCAAAUCUCCGUAUUCGCUUACAACAGGGUUAGCAACAUGACCGAUGCUGUGUCGGUCGUCGUUCAAGAUACUAUCGAAGGACUUAAACCAUUAAGCACCGUGGCUCCGAAAGAACCAAACGAGAGGUUUAAUGUUUCGUGGAAUAUCGAAAAAGGGACCAAUGUUUCAUUCUUCCUGGAAUUCGGCGACGGGACCUCUUCAAUGACUAUCAAGCAGCUUGGAGCGGGUCCAUACUCUAUUGAUCACGCUUAUCUCAACGUCGGACACUUUCUGAUAAGGGUGACCGCUAGUAAUCAAGUUACACCAGAGGUCAGACUGGACUUCGAUGUCAUCGUCGAAAACAAAGUUGAGGGUUGUACAGCACGGUGGAACUUUCAGCGGCAGUUCAUUCCUGGAAGAAAAGAGAUAUACUUGGCUAUUGGAGAAUCUGUAAGCGUCAAUGUAAAUGUGCUAUCGGGAACUGAACCAAAGUACAACUUUAAUUUUGGUGAGAGUGAAGUAAUUAAUAUGACAAGUGGUAUCAUUAAGUAUGCAUUCAAAAUUACUGGUAGCUACACCUUAUCGGUAACUUGCUUCAACCACAUAAACUCCCUAAGUUAUAUAUACGACCACAUGAUCGUCAUUCAGCCAGAUGAGACCAUAACGCAUUUGUCAAUUUCAACCGCCCCUACAGAACUCGGAAGAGCAAGCAAAUUCGUAUCUUCUAAAGCAACUGGGACAGCAUUCAUAUGUAAAUGGACGUUUGGAGACAAAAAUGAAGCUACUAGGGAUUUCACUGAUUUCCAUGACCCGGUCUAUAAUCAGUAUAGCACAGCUGGCGAGCAUUUUGUGUCUUUAUGCUGCCAAAACCGACAUGGCAUUACUUGCGCAAGCACAUUGGCUAAAGUUAUAGUACGAGUUAAAAACAUCACAACGUCUUUGAUAGGUCCGUCCAUACUUACUAAAGGCUCAAUAGCGAUUUUUCGAAUAGAUAUCUCUGGAGGAUUAGCUGUUAAUUAUGGCCUUACUAUCUAUGGGGGUGGAACGCAGAAGUAUUUGGAAAGCGAAGUCACUAGCAAUAAGAGUUACGAGUUUUACUACCUUUUUGCUCGCAGUGGAAGCUUUGUUAUUACCGGGUUUGCUUGGGAUGGAUGGACCACAUUAAACGCCUCUUGCGACGAGCUUAUUAUAAUCCAAAACCCGAUCAAAGAUAUGACACUGACGUUCCAAACUCCAGUAAGUCUUCAGGACAGUGCUGUUGAAUUCUAUCUGCGUGUCGAGGGAGAAUUCCCUUCCAAUGUCACUUGUCUCUGGGCGUUUGGUGAUAAUACCAGCGUCUGUACUUAUCUAGAUUAUAACGCAGGAAAACCGCAAAGAGUUGUUCACCAUUAUAAAAGCGAUGGGAUCUUUCAUAUUUACGUCAACUGCUCAAAUCUUGUUAGUGCAUAUAGUAUAAACAAGACUUUAUUCAUUCACAAGAUUGUCAACCCUGAGGUGAACGUGACUCGUCUGUCCAGCGGCACUGGAACAUUCCCAUAUUUUUUGUCUAAUGAUCGCGUGCAGUUUUGUGUUACAACACAGAGGUUUGACCAAUCAUACAAUUGGGUAUGGAGGAAUGGAAACGGCUCAGGAAACUUGGACAAUCUUCCUUGCGUAAUUUAUACACUAACUUCGGUAGGUGAGCACGAAAUAACAGUUCAAGUAAAUAAUCUGCUAAAGAAAUUGUCUGCCAAAACAAGAAUCAUUGUCCAAAAGAAACUGUUCGGGCUAGCCAUCAAUGCAACUGGAAAGUUUCUCGCAAGAGAGGAAAUCCGUAUCUCUUGGUCAGCAGCUGAGAUUGGUACAGACACGUGUUACCACCUGAAUAUGGGCGAUGGAAGCAAAAGCGUAGCAUAUGGAUCAGUAGCCUGUACCUCAAGGUCACCUGUCUAUAACAUCAGUAAAUGGAUGAACAUACAUUCUUAUAGAUACCAAUUAGAUGGUAACUACACAGUGCUAAUCAGCGGCGUAAACCAAGUCUCUCAUGUCACCGAAUCUUUACUGGUAACAAUAAGAAAACGAAUCUGUGAAGUAAAUGAAUUACAAAUAUUUCCAAGUGGAAAUACGACUUACAAAUUCAAGAAAAGAGAUGGCUUUGUCAUCAGAGCGAAGAACAGCGUGAACUGUGUGCUUUCUGAAAAGGUACUAUUUCAAUGGAAGUUACUUACACUGAGUGGCAAGGAACUUUCACUACCCUCAAGCGUAGCUUUCAACAGCACAAUGAUAAGUGUCCCCGCUAGAGAACUAGACUAUGGUGAUUAUUUGGUCAGGAUUAAAGCUUCCGUAACUGGUCGAGUAAUAACCGAACUGUACGGAGAAGUGACAAGAGAAGACACGGUAACCAUAACCAUCAUUCCAUCGCGCCUAGUGGCGGUGAUUAAAGGAGACAAGAAGCGAGAUAUUGCUCCAAAUUCAUUCUUUUCCUUGGAUGGCACGCAGUCCUAUGAUCCCGAUGCUAAGAUUCCAACUUAUCUCCAGUACCGCUGGUAUUGCAGAACUGCAAUUAGUGACGGAGCGGAAGUGGGAUGCUAUAGGAUAUACCCGAGACCAAUUGAUGUUCUCUGGCGGGGAUCAGUGUUCUAUACGAACUCUGAUGACAUUACGCGCAGCAGAACGUACAUUUAUACACUGGAGAUUAGUGUAGGCGAUAGGGUAGCAUCUGCACAACAAGAAAUAUUUGUCACUUUUGGUACCGCUCCCAAUAUGGAAAUAAUGUGUAAGCCAAUAUGCUCAGGAAGGUUGAUGGAGGUCAAACAUCUCGCUCUCUUAAGCAAAUGCGCGAUCUGUAGUGAUAUGGAUAAGCUGUUCUUCAACUGGCGAGUAUUCGACGUAACAGCAGGAAGAAAUGUAUCUAUGAACAUUCAACCAUCGCAGACAAAAUUCGGUUUGUCAAGCCAGCGUUUCGAGAUUUUCCCAGGGCUAUUCAUUGCAGACCACGUCUACCGGGUUAUUCAUCACGCAUGGUUCGAAGGUGGUGUUUCAGGAACCGCCAACUACACGUUUAUGGUUUACAAGAACACUCCCCCACAGCCGGGGAAUUGUACAGUUUCUCCGUCCGAGGGUUUUGCAAUGGAUACAUUUUUCAGAAUUAAUUGCACAGGCUGGAAAGAUCCUGAACAACCUUUGACAUACACUUAUUAUUACACUAUGGACGCGAUUAAGACGACGCUGUAUUCGGGACCCAAAGAGAGUUGGAAGUUUAUGCUACCCGUCACACAAGGCAUAGAGAACUCGACUAUCCUAGUUAUAGCACUUGUCGAAGAUUACUACAAGCUUGGGACAAGUGCAUAUAUGCAAGUUCUGGUAAGUGCUGAAAGGAAUUAA